AUGACAUUUGAAGACCAGCGCGUGGAGACGCCAAUUUUUCUGGAGAUGGACAGCGCGAGCGCAGAGUGUGAGCACAAAGGAUCUGAGUACUUGAUGGAGGAGAUCAAGUCAAGGUACUCAGUAGGAAAGCUGCUGGGUGAAGGAGGUGAAGGUGCAGUAUAUGCAGGGGUUCGUCUGUCGGAUGGCACUGAGGUUGCUAUAAAAGUUUCCCAGUUGGACCCUUACUUGGGAAUGAUAACCAUCCCUGGAGAGGCCACUCCCAUUCCCAUUGAGGUCGGUCUGAUGAAGAUGGUCUCCCAGCCACGCCGUUGCCCGAAUAUCCUUGAGCUGCUGGAAUGGUUUGUGGUCCAGAACUAUCUGGUGCUUAUCUUAGAAAAUCCAAGCCCCUGCAUGGACCUCAUGGACUUUUGUGACCUCCAUGGAGGUAAGCUCCCUGAACCCCUGGCGAGGGACAUCAUGGUCCAGGUGGUUCAGGCAGCUUGUCAUUGCUGUGCCAGAGGAGUGUUCCACAAUGACAUCAAACUAGAGAACAUCCUUGUCAACACCGAGACACUUCAGGUGAAGCUUAUUGAUUUUGGAGUUGGCGACCUGCUGAAGGGAACGCCCUAUACCUACUGCCCAGGCACUGAAAAGUAUUUCCCACCAGAGUGGUUCAGAGAAAGACUUUACAUGGGCCGUCCUACCACCAUCUGGACACUGGGCAUCCUCCUAUAUCAGAUGCUCUGUGGGAAAUGGCCCUUUGAGUCACCAGAAGAAAUUAUUGCUGGCCACCUGCACUUUCCUCCUGACUUGUCUAAAGACUGCCAGAAGUUUAUAUCACGGUGUCUGGCACAAAAGCCUAAGUCUCGACCAUCGUUCAAGAAAUUGCUGAAGAACCGGUGGUUGAAGAGCGGCUCAAGGUCUACGCAGAGAAUUCCCAUCAUUAGGGGCCUUGAGACGCUCACAGAAAAAAGAACACCACAAAAAGGCUUUCCACCAGAUUAUGGAGUGUGGCUUUGGGGAUUUGUAAAUAUUCAGCCAAAAGAGUGCAAGAGGUUGAGCACUGAUGACAGAUAA